UAGGACGGGAUGGCGGCGUCAGCGCUGCCGACACCGCGGUAUGAUCACGUGGGGCCGCAUGGGCCCUUCCGUGAUGUGUAUGAGCCGGCCGAGGACACCUUCUUGCUGCUGGACGCACUGGAGCAGGACGCGGCCCUCCUGAGGCAGGCCCGAGUUGAGAUCUGCCUUGAAAUAGGAUCUGGAUCUGGUGUGGUUUCGACAUUUGUUGCUUCCAUUAUUGGAUCCAGUGCACUGUAUAUAUGCACAGAUAUCAACCCAAUGGCAGCCUACUGUACACUGGAGACAGCUCUGCUUAACAACGUUCACCUUCAGCCUGUCAUUACUGACUUGGUCAAAGGACUGUCUCCAAGAUUAAAUGGGAAGGUUGAUCUACUGCUAUUUAAUCCACCAUAUGUGGUGACACCUUCUGAAGAGGUGGAAAGCCACGGAAUAGAGGCAUCCUGGGCUGGUGGCAAGAAGGGCAGAGAAGUAAUGGACAGAGUUUUUCCAUUAGUACCAGACCUACUUUCACCAGAAGGAUUAUUCUACUUGGUCACAAUUAAAGAAAAUAAUCCAGAUGAAAUCCUGGAAACAAUGACGAAACAUGGCUUAGAAGGCACACGAGUACUUUCCAGACAAGCAGGACCAGAGAUGCUUACUAUCCUCAGAUUUAGGAAGUCAUUGAUAACUGCUCUUCAUCUUCCAGACACUAGACAUGCAGAAAGCUGAACACAAGAGAACUGAAGUUUCCCAAUCAAAUUUGAAGCCAAGGUUUUCCAUCCUCUUAAAGAAUAUCUUCACUUCCUGAUUACUGCAGUGAAACUGAUCAAGAUUCUGUAUUUAUUUUUAUUCUGGAUGUCAACCAGCUAUUGUUGGCUAUAAAGAGAUGUUGUAGUCUUCUAGCUAUCCACAUGACAGUUGAGGGGCAACUGUGAAAUACCCUGCCUUGUUGUAUUUGCACUUAAACAUUGAAGACUUUUUUCCCUUAUAAAUAGGUAUAUGUAUAUUUUCUCAUUGUAGCUUAUUAAAAUAAUUUAUUUGAU